AUGGGUGUUGAUUAUAGGCAGCUGGCAGCCGGAUGUGAUAUGACACUUGGAAAUGGACAAUUUGAUUGGAAUGCCAAUGAGACGGAGAUUCCGUACAAUGUCGACCUUGCAUGUGAAUGCAAGCCCACAUUGGUCUGGAACUGUUCAGUGGAGGAUUACCCGCUAGACGAGAUUCCAACAGUCACACUCAACACAACAAUGCACCUGUGGGAUAUGUCGUAUCGGAACAUUUCCCAGUUGAGAAUGGCGACUCGAUGGUGGGGUAAUGGCACCAUGCUUGAUGUGUGA